CGGCUGGGUGGUCUGACCGGAGGCCGGCAGGUGUGUCCCGCCGGCGCUGCUGACCGCUCUAAGUAGUGCCGGGCGGCGGUCGGCCCUCGGCGGCCCGAUGCCGUCCCCCGCGCCGCUGCGUCUGCCCGAGCCGGCCAGCCUGCUGCACAUCCCGUGGGGCCGGUACCCGCUCUGCGACCACCUCCUGCCCGCCGGCGGCUCCAGCAUGGCCCGGCUCGUGCGAUGCACCUGCAAGCACUACGGCGACUUCUGCGCCGGCGGCGGCUCCCUCGGCUCGUCGACCGCCGACCAGCUGCUGGAGCGCGCUCGGCUCGGCAGCCAGCUGCUGCGCGUCAUCUCGGACGUCGAGUACAGCGACCCGCAUCUGCCCAAGCCGGCGCCGCCGGACCGCGAGAGCGCGUUCUCGUUCCUGCUGCGCACUGUAGCCGUGGUGGUGUUCGGCUCUCUGGCGGCGCUCGUCGGCCUCAUCUUCUUCACGAUGGCCAUGACGCGGCUCUGCGUGGAGGGGCCGUGCUGCGACGACGAGGACUCCCAGACGGCGGCGGGGGAGGACAGGCAGCCGCCGGCGACUCUAAUCACCGCCUCCAGCCCGCCGUCAGCGCCCUCACCGCCAGCACGCAGCAGGGAGCUCCAACCGGCCGCGGCGGUGGCGGUGGUAGCGCCGGCGGGUCACUCUCCGCGCCGCGACAGCCCGCCGCCGUACCCGGGUCGGCGACAGGCGCGAGCCCAGGAGGAGGAGCCACCACCCUCCUACCGGGAGGUGUGCGAGGUGAUCCACUGCUGACCGGCACCGGCGCGCGCUGGACCAUCGCACCGCGGGGAUGAACGGGUGAACAGGGUAUUGUCUGACUGUAGGAUAUUGAUCUGACCCUAGUAUCAAUGGCGGUGGGACAGAAGAGCAAUGGACUCCCAGUGUAUAUAUCCCACGUAUUUUGCUUCAUCGUUACACUACAAAGUCUGAUUAGACGUCUGAUAUACCGACAUAUUUUGUAAGGCAUAUGACGCUCCGUCAGUCCCGCUGUAUACGACCAUCAAAAACAGUGCCAAUCAGACUCAGAUGAGACCAUAACCAGCUAGAUUACGUUCCCUACGCAGUGAGGCGUCCCACAUGUAAUCAUGACCGAAGGUGUAUCAUCAUGGUCCCUCCCGCCCGGCGUUAUACUAAUGGCAUGCGACACACACGCUCACCGUUUAUCAGUCAUCACAUGCGAUUAGGGCACCAACAUGUGCGGUGGUGAUAGUGAAAACCAACUGUUAAGUGUAAAUACACGGUGCCACGCAAACAAA